UAUAAACAUGUGACUAAGAACGAUUGAUACAAAGUUUUAUAAUAGACUACUGGUCGUAAUAAAACCAGUCUAACGCCAAUCUCUAGCAAAUACAGUCAACACUAUAUAUAAAAAUAAUUUAGUAUUUGACAUCAGACAACCAGUUCAACUAAAAUAGCAUUACCUAACACAUAUUACUAUUAAAUUUAUCGAUUCGUAUUUUUCGGUAAAAUUGUCGGCAAUGGAAUCAAUUGAAAGUUCUCUGCUAAAUAUUACUCCAGAAAUCGUUCGUAAUAUAAGAAAGAUCUACAAUCUGGAUGAUCCGAAAAGACUGGAAGAAGCUAUCGAUAUUCUGGAAGAUUGGAUACAGAAGCAGCCUCAUAUAGUCAAGAAGGAUUUUAGUAGGCGUUAUUUAGAAGUAUCUAUCAUAUCAAGCAAGGGUUCGGUGGAAAAAGCGAAGAAACAAAUAGACCGUUUAUGUACAUUUAAAACUUUAAUACCAAAACUAUUUUCAAAAUAUAAUUUGAAAACUGAGCUGCACACAGUUUUAGAGAAAUCAUGGCAUGUCCCUCUUCCAAGACUGACAGAAGAUUACUACAGAAUAAUAUUAAUUAAAGGGUUCAGUAGUGACUACACACCUGAAGAAAUCCUUCAGUACUUUCAAGCCACUGUAAUUGUAACAGAGUAUAUAACAGUGUAUGUGAACGGGUUCACAAUAAUAGUCGACUACCGCGGAUUGAACCUGCUACAGUUAGUUACAAGAAUGAGCACAGCCGAUGUACAGCAAUUCAUCAAUGCAUUAAUUGAAGGCUAUGGCGCAAGAUUAAAAAAUAUCCACAUUAUCACCGAAUCGACAGCUAUAAACUUACUCGUUGCGACUGCUAAGCAAUUUAUAAAAGAGAAGAUUAUUAAAAAGCUUCAAAUUGUGAGAACUUUAGAAGAAUUACAUAACUUUAUACCUAAAGAUCUCUUGCCAGAAGAAUACGGAGGUAAAGAAAAAUCUUAUGAGAAAAUUCAUGCGGAUUGGGUAGAAGAAUUAUCUUCUGAGAAACACAUAGAGUAUUUGAAGAUGAUGUCCAAAGCCUGCACGGAUGAGACCAAGCGACCGAUAGACAAAUUCAACGAGGAAUACAUGGGAAUGCCUGGCUCUUUUAGGAAUUUAAUUGUUGACUAAUUUUGUUUGAUAUUUUACUUAGGCUUGUAUGUCAUUUGUUUAGUUUAUAAUCACUAGUGUUAGGAAUAGGUAGUGCCUUUGCAUUAGGUUAAACUUUGAACAGAGAACAGAGAAAGGAACGGAGACUUCCUUAGUACUAUAUUUUUUUCCGUAGGUACUAUUCACUGCGUUUUAUUUUUCUUUUUAUAAAAACGAUAAUAGUUGUAACGACUGUGUUGUGUUAUGUCUAUUCGCAAACUUUAGGUAAAAACACGAAUUUAUUCCAAAUGGCAUAUUGUUUUUAUUGUAUAUAAGCGUUGUCCGGGAAAAAUAUAGUACUUCAUUCCUUUUCCCUGUUCUCCAAAGUUUAGGCUAAUAAGUACUACCUAUUCCUAUCACUGAUAAUUACACUAGUUUCUGCCCGCGGCUUCAUCCGCGUUCCUGUGGGAUAAAAAGUAUCCCAUGUGUUAUUCCAGACCAUUACAUUUGUAAAGUAUUUGUUACAUUUGCUUUUAGAUCUAUUUGUUUUAUUAUUUUGUAUUGUAUUGGUGAAAACAAAAUAAAUGUUGGUGAAUCUAGAA